UCGAUCAAUUGGGCUGCGCGACUGAUGACUAUGGUCGACAUUGGCAAGCUCUCAUAUGCAUUCUCAUCCCGCAAACCACUGCUCUGGGAGACGGGGUCGUUGCGGCACUUCUUGGCUGAGCUUUUCCAUCCCAGAGAGCCAGAUCAAGGACAUGUACGGCUGGAGAAGUCUUUCAAUGCUCGAAACCUAGGUCGUCUUGCUGGCGUAGAAGUCGAAUGGACGAGCGACCUAUCGAGCCAUUUGAGCCUCAGGGAUGAUGACACAAGACUGUUCGUGUUCCAUCACGCAACUUUUCUGGAAAAUGUAAACAGUGAUAUCUUUCCGCCCGGCUUCUGUGAAGAGACCCUGCAGACUAUCGCUUUGCUAUGCCCGUCCUCAGACCCAGACACCAGAAAAUGGUAUCGCAAGCAACAGCCUGCCCACAAUCUCGACAGUAGAGUCAUGAGCUGCCGCAAGCUUCGAGCAGAUGAUCGCAGGAUAGAGAAUUUUCAUUACUGGCGAGAGCGAUUAUGCAUAUUGAAACAAGUAUUUGACGAGGCCGAACCCAGCACAUUGUCUCAGUGGUGGUAUGACCGGCGAAAAGGCCCUCAGUGGUACACAUUUUGGGUUGCCGUCGCCGUUCUGAUACUCACCGUCUUCUUCGGAGUCAUCCAGUCCAUCGAGGGUGCUUUGCAAGUCUACAAGGCAUACCAUCCGUCAUGA